GUCUGCACUUAGAGUCUCUUCUUAGAGCUGUUGGGGUCUUCCUCUCUACAUCAUGGAGGGUACAGCAGCAACCUCUUCAUUUGUGGCUCCCACACACGUGUGUGCCAAAAAGUUGCUCAUGACACUUGCACGACACUCUGAGGUCCUGGUAGCAUCCACCACCACCACUGCACAGCCCUGCUGGGUCACAGGCUGCCUGGCCACCCUCUCAGCUCUUCUAUGCUUGUCGCCACCAGAGAAACCUUUGCUCUCCUGUGCUUGCCACCUCCAAGCAUGGGUGCAGGUCACUGAUAGGACAGAGGAGCUUUCUGCUCCACUUGUCCCACGGCAUUUCUGCCCGCUGUGGAAGCCCAGAGCAGACACUGUACAGCAGACACUGCUGCACACAGUCUACAUCCUGAGUGCUUGCCAGGUAUGGGGAACUGUGAAUUUCCACAGACAUCAACCAACCAAAUACCAACCUCAACCAAAAUGGCAUGGCAUGACCCUGCUGCCCAACAGCACAGUUUGUCUGUACUGAGUCCAGCUACGGGGGGGUAAAGUCCAAGGCUAUACAGCCUCCUGCAGGGAGAAGGGCAGUUCAGAGGCAAGCUGCACAGAGGUUUCAUAGCAACAGCAGAGCACUGGAGAGCUCAGAGAAGUCCCCUGUAGCUGUUGCCUUUGAGCAGUCUGUGCAGAGCUUGCAAGAGCCAGAAGCCAGCUGACAGCAGAGCAGGAAGAGCAACACUGCCAGUGCUGCCAGUUCUCCAUUCCUGUGCCGAUCCCUUGCUUGGUAAGAUCCUUUUGAUGCUUUUUGACAGGCAGGCACAGAGUGUGGGUUGGCAGCUCAGCAUCUCUGCCCUGGGCAGAGAUCAGCCCUUGCUGACAGCAAGGGACAGAAGGAGCUUUAUUAAGCUUACUGCAAACAUACUAGAGUUUUAGAAGAUUAAAACCAUUUCAGCUGCAGAGCUUGGCCCCUCUGCCUUGCUCAACUCUACAGCAAAGUUCUCUGCCUAUGGAAGAGCAAAUUUCCCCUGCAGCCUCGGGGGCUGUCUGGCUGUGAGUGUGCCAGGAGCCAGCAGCAAGUUUGGAUCCCCCUGGUCUGUGCCUCCAGCUGUGAGGGACAGCCUUUUCCUUGCUGGUGCCACCACCCUCACACCAGGGACACCCCAAUCACCUGGUGCUCCUCUCACCAGGGUUCCACCGGCCCCAAGGACUCUGCUGGCCCAGGGUGAGCCGUGGCUAUGGGGACACUGUGCCGACAUGCCCAGCCCAGGGGCACGGGGGAUGUGGGCGAUACAGUGCCGGCCGCCACUGGAGCAGCCAGAGCGGUGUGUCAUCCCGGGUACCAGAAUAAGAAGCGGGCGUGGGCUGAUCCUGAUAAUCCUAGCGCCAAAGUCCAGGACAGCGUUUGUUUACCAAGCACGCAACCACAAGGAUCGGCUGCGUGUCCGUGUCUCCGCCCGGCAUGGCUCCUUGGGCCGCUGCCGGAACAGCCGAGCAGGCGCCGGGAGCCAGCCGGCUCCGGGCUUCCUUUCGCGGGCCCGUGGGAGGAGUGACGGAGGGGGAGGCCGCGCUCCCGGGCCGCGCACCGUAAAGCCGGGCCUCGGGCCGGCGUCACGGGCCGGGGCACCCCGGCAGAGACCCCCGCACGGCCCCGUGCCCGCCCCAGCCUGCCCCGGGCUGCUCGUCCCACGGCCGCAGGUCGGUGAAGGGUGUCCCCGAGCUGCCGGCACCAGCGGCACCGCGACAGCGCAGCAGGAAUCUCCCCGGGAAGGGAGAGGGCAAAGCGCAGGCAGAGGGGCUGUCACCCACCCGGGAGGGAGCUGUCGGUCCCCAGAGCAGGGCACAGCACUUCAGGGUACCUCCAUCGCCGGGACUUGGCGUGGGCGGGGAGAUUUUGAGGCUCCCUGACCUUCGGUAGGAUUUCUCCUCAAGGCAACCAGAGGCACCACCACAGAUCAAAGUCUUGCACACUCGCACUCCUGGCAGCUCAGUCCCCUGUCCGACGCUGUCCCCAGGCAGAAGCGCGGUGGUGGAGCGCAGCAUGGCAAAGAAGGUGGCCAUCAUCGGCGGGGGCAGCAGCGGGCUGUGCGCCAUCAAAGCCUGCCUCCAGGAGGGGCUGGAGCCCUUCUGCUUCGAGAGGACCGGCGACAUCGGGGGCCUCUGGAGGUUUGAGGAGCACCCCGAGGACGGCCGUGCCAGCAUCUACCGCUCCGUCAUCAUCAACACCUCCAAGGAGAUGAUGUGCUACAGCGACUUCCCCAUCCCUGAGGACUUCCCCAACUACAUGCACAACUCCAAGAUCAUGGAGUACUUCCGCAUGUACGCCCAGCACUUCGACCUGCUGCGCCACAUCCGCUUCAGGACCAGCGUGUGCCGCGUGUCCAAGCGCCCCGACUUCGCCAGCAGCGGGCAGUGGGAGGUGGUGACGGAGAGCGAGGGGAAGCAGGAGGCGGCCGUCUUCGAUGCCGUACUGGUGUGCAGUGGGCACCACACCGAUGCACAUCUCCCGCUCAGUUCCUUCCCAGGAAUUGAGAAGUUCAAGGGCUGCUACCUCCAUAGCCGAGACUACAAGGAUGCUCAAGCUUUCACAGACAAAAGGGUUGUUGUCAUCGGGAUCGGGAAUUCAGGGUCAGACCUGGCUGUGGAGAUCAGCCAAACAGCCCAGCAGGUGUUCCUCAGCACCCGCCGGGGUGCGUGGAUCUUCAACCGUGUCGGAGAUCAGGGCUACCCCAUGGACACCGUCUUAACCACCCGCCUGAACACAUUCCUGCAGGGGCUGCUCAGCUCAUCCAUGGCAUGUGACUACAUGGAGAAGAAGCUGAAUGCCAGGUUUGAUCACUCACAUUACGGCCUGAAGCCAAAGCACAGGGUCUUUCACCAGCACCCCACUGUCAACGAUGACCUGCCCAACCGCAUCAUUUCGGGCAGGGUGCGGGUGAAGCCGAACGUCCGGGAGUUCACAGAGACAUCGGCCAUCUUUGAGGAUGGCACCAGGGAAGAUGUCGAUGCCGUAGUUUUUGCCACAGGUUACAGCUUCUCCUUCCCGUUCCUCGAGGGCUGUGUGAAGGUGGUGGAGAACCAGAUUCCCCUCUACAAAUUCAUGUUCCCCCCUGAGCUGGAGAAGCCGACGCUGGCUUUCAUCGGCCUCAUCCAGCCCCUAGGAGCCAUCAUGCCCAUCUCAGAGCUCCAGUGUCGCUGGGCUACCCGUGUCUUCAAAGGGCUGAACGAGCUGCCCCUGCAGCACGACAUGGAGGCUGACAUUGAGCAGAAGAAAGAAGCGAUGGCAAAGCGGUACGUGAAGAGCCAGCGGCACACCAUCCAGGUGGAUUACAUCCCUUACAUGGACGAGCUCGCCUGCCAGCUGGGGGUCAAGCCCAACCUGCUCUCCCUGUUCCUCACGGACCCCAGGCUGGCCAUGGAGGUGGCCUUCGGUCCGUGCACGCCGUACCAGUACCGGCUGCGGGGCCCGGGCGCCUGGGCAGGUGCCAGGGAGGCCAUCCUCAGCCAGCAGCAGCGCAUCCUCAAGCCCCUGCAGACACGACACGUGGAAGAGAGCACCUCAGCCCCUGCCAUACCCCUCAUCUUCAAGCUGAUCGGGGCUGUGGCCAUCCUGGCAGCUGUAUUUGCUUACUUAGGGCAGGGCAGGCCAGAAGGCGUGGCAGGCAGGUGAGAGAAACCUGUAGAUCAUGUCUGGAAGAACAUCUUGCGACAGCUUGGCCACCCACGGAAGUACAGGGGCAGCCACCCUCAAAACGAG